AUGCCUCCGCCGCUGAAUCGGUUCCCAAGCGGACCCAACACCAUCUCGCCCUAUCACCAGCAGUUCCCCUCUCAUGCCCAGCACGCCACGAGUCAUCCCCCGCCCCUGGGCGCCACGGCCGCCUACCUCAAUGCCCAGGUCGGCCAGGUCGGCCAGGUGAACCCCUUCUCGGGGAAUAGCAACCUGCUAGGCCUCGCGGGGGGACUCAAUGCCGCGGCUGGUUUUGGCGUCGGUGCUGACUCGGGCCUGGCUAGCCAUGCCGCCCGCAUGGGGUUUGCGCACGCUGGGAACUUGCAGCAGCAGCAGCAGCAGCAGGCCCAGCAACAGGCCCAGCAGCAACAGGCACAACAACAGCAGCAGCAGCAGCAGCAGGCACAACACCAGUCGCAGCAGCAAGUCUCUGUCCUCCAACAACAGCAAGCACAACAUGUCCAGCAUGCCCCACCCGUUCAACAUCCGCAGCACGCGCAGCAGCAGGGGCACGGAUUGGUCGAGCACGCGACACGGCUUGCACAAAAGGGGCGGAUAAGAGAGGUGUGGAAACAUAACCUGUUAGAAGAGAUGGCGAACCUGCGGGAUCUAGUCGACAAGUACCCGUUUAUUGCUAUGGACACCGAAUUUCCGGGCGUCGUAGCAAGGCCGAUGGGAGGUUUCCGAGGGAAAAGCGAUUACCACUACCAAUGUCUGCGGACCAACGUGGAUCUGCUCAAGGUUAUACAGAUCGGCAUCGCCCUCUUCAACGAAGACGGCGAGCAACCACCCGCCCGACCCGCCUCGACCGACUCGGCCGAUCUGCGGAGGACAGGCAACCAGGCGCCGCUGCCGUAUGCUUGGCAGUUCAACUUCAAGUUUUCCCUCAAGGACGAUAUGUACAAUCAGACCUCGAUCGAGUCGCUGCAGCAGGCCGGUAUCGACUUUGCGAUGCUCGAGCGCGACGGCAUCGACCCGCACGAGUUUGCGUCCCUGUUGAUCCCGUCUGGCCUCGUGUGUUUCGACGAGGUGCGCUGGAUUAGUUUCCACGGCGGGUAUGACUUUGGUUACCUGACCAAGCUGCUGGUAUGCCGGCCACUCCCCUGCGACGAGGUCGAGUUCGACCAGAACAUGAAGCGCUACUUCCCGUCCACCUAUGACGUUAAGCACCUCAUGAAGCACGCCAUCAAGCUGCACAAUAGCGGCAUGCUCACCCCUACCGACCCGACCGCCAUCGAAAUCAUGCAAAAGUUUGAGCAGAAGUCGGGCCUCGAGCACAUCGCCGAGACCCUCAAGCUCAAGCGUGUUGGUUCCGCUCACCAGGCCGGCUCCGACUCGUUACUCACCGGCCGCGUCUUCUUCGAGCUGCGCAAGCGCAUCUUCAACGGGGACAUCUCGGAUGAACACCUCGGUAAGGUCUGGGGUCUCGGCAUCCCCGAUUUCUCCAUCGGCGGCACCGGCAUCACCGUCGGGCCCCCGAACCCGCAGAGCCAGGUGGAACACACCCCGCCGGGCCACCCGCACGCUCACCAUCCAGCCCACGGCCACGCGCAUACCCACCACACGACCACCACCACCACGACAACAACCACCACCCACGUCCACCACACCCAAUCACAGCAGCCACCACACCAUGCGAACGGCGGCGCCCCCAGCACCCCGAACACCGGUAGUGUCGGAUUGGUCGGCGGUACGCCCGGCGCGUCGUCGCACAACACCAACGGAUCUGGCUCGGGCGUCGGCAAUGCGGCCAGCACUAUGGGCCCGAUGACGCCUGGCGGAGGAGGCGGUGUGUUUGGGGCUUUUGCGUUUGCUGGAGGUGCAAGGUAG